CCCAAACAGGAAGUGUCUCUCUGCCACACAAGUGACACAACGUGAAAGUCAAGUGUUAGAAAAACGUUUAAAAAUACCGUUAAAAUUGAUGUUUUUUUAACCUUUAAGUUGUCGCAACAUGUUGUGCUUUUAGCGGAUGGUUGUGUAUCAAAGUGCAGCGUUUAUUACGAUGUUACAAGCUGCAGCUAAAACGCUUUCUGUUGCCAUAACCACCUCAGUAUCUCGGGGAAUAUUGUUAAGUAUUCGAUAUUAUUGUAAGAAAACACCAGCAAAACUAAGAGUGUCCGAAGCGGUUUCAGGUGCUGAGUUGGGAGCUAAUGUCAAAGUACAGGGAUGGGUUCGCUCCGUUAGAGCUCAGAAGUCACAUCUCUUCCUGCAUGUGAACGAUGGAAGCUCUUUGCAAUCACUGCAGGUCGUCGCCAGUUCAGAGCUGAAUGAUCCCUUGCUCACAUUUGGAAGUGCUGUUGAAGUCACCGGUACUCUUAAGAAAAGCCCAAACCAAAAACAGCUAGUUGAACUGGAAGCAGAGCAAAUCCAUAUCGUAGGAAAAUGCAACCCUUUGGAGUUUCCAUUCAAAAUCAAAGAACGACACAGCCUUGAGUAUAUUCGACAGUUUCCUCAUCUCAGGUGUAGAACAAAUGCCUUUAGCUCCCUGUUGAGAAUACGAAGUGAGGCCACUACAGCUGUUCACUCGUAUUUCAAGGAAAAUGGCUUUUUGCAGAUUCACACUCCAGUCAUCACCUCAAAUGACUGUGAAGGGGCAGGGGAGCUCUUCAAAAUUGAGCCCUCAGGCCCAGACUAUGAAGAAGAAGAGCACUUCUUCUCUGUCCCAGCCUUCCUCACUGUGUCUGGUCAGCUUCACUUGGAACUGAUGUCAGGGGCUUUUUCUAAGGUUUACACAUUUGGGCCAACUUUUCGUGCUGAGAACUCCCAGAGCAGACGGCACCUGGCUGAGUUUUACAUGGUGGAGGCCGAGGUCUCCUUCGCUCAGUCCUUAGAGGAUCUCACCAAGGUCAUGGAGGGCAUGUUCAGAUCUGCCACGGAGCAUGUCUUGGCUCACUGCGCUGAGGAUGUGGAUUUGUUUCACAAGCAUGUGACUCCUGGACACAGGGAAAUUGUAGAAGCUAUGCUGAGAAACGGAUUCCCUACUAUUACCUACAGUGAGGCUAUCAACAUCCUAAACCGCAGCUCUGAGAAUUUCGCCUUCCCAACAGACUGGGGCUGUGACCUUCAGACAGAACACGAGAAGUACCUGGUGAAACAUUGCGGCAACAUUCCAGUGUUCGUCACUGAUUAUCCUUAUGAUCUCAAGCCUUUUUAUGCAAGAGACAACCAGGAUCAUCCUGAGCAUACAGCAGCUGCAGUGGACCUUCUUGUGCCAGGAGUUGGAGAGCUCUGUGGGGGCUCGCUGAGGGAGGAGAGGCUGGAUCUGCUGACAGCUCGGCUCCAACAGGCUGGAUUAGAAGACACCUACAGCUGGUAUCUGGAUUUGAGGCGUUUUGGCUCCGUGCCUCAUGGUGGAUUUGGAAUGGGAUUUGAGAGAUACUUGCUAUGCAUCCUCGGUGUUGACAACAUCAAAGAUGUGAUCCCCUUCCCUAGGUUUUCACAUUCAUGUGUUCUAUGAAACUGUUUCAGCCUUGUAGAGGUUUUAAUUGGUUGUCUGCCUAACGACAAAUAAAAAUGAUUUUAAUUUAUA